GUAAUCGAAGCGUAUGCUUGUCGUUGGUAAUUUCGGCUUCCAAUAAUUGGAAUCCAAUUGCAAUUCUGCCCGGGAUGUGCCCCUCGGAAAUGACAGAUAUAAUUGAAUAUGCACCCAAUGCAACGCCACGUGCAGAGGAAGAAGAAAUAACAGAAACCCCACGCAUAAUUUAUGUGUGCAGCUUGUGUUUGCGCCAGUAUGAUCUUCUGGAGGAUUUGCGUGGCCAUAUGAUGUUUUACCACGGCUAUCAGCCCAUAACACAAACAAAGGCACGAAGCAAUGCCAAUGCUGCUAAAGAACUGAAGAAAAAGUCGGAAAACGAUUCCAUCUUGCCGGAACCACGAUUUUCGCAUGUGGUAACAGUUGCGCCUGCAGAAUCUCGGCCUGAGCUGCGUCCCAUGCCCUUCAAGGACUUUCGCAUACUUCUGCGUGCUCAUAUGAAGUUGCCGUGUUCCGUGACCACCAAUUGCGCCUAUAAGCUGCAGGAUUCUACCAAAUUGGCUCUGCAUGCCAAGUGCCAUAAGAAUACCAGUUUCAGCUGCUGCGAAUGUGGUCUAGAUCAGCCGAAUUGGCGGCGAUGCUCGGCGCAUUUGUGGAAGACACAUAAAAUCGACGUAGACCUCUUGCAAUGUCCUGUCUGUGAUUACAAAUCGCCAGUGUCGGUGUUGGUAUGGCGUCACAUGCGUGUGCACAAGAAGUGGCGAGCACGUGUGCUUCGUUCUUUGCGCGCUGUGCAGCGACGAAGAGCCGAGAAUGCCAAUAAAGUUGGCGCAUCGGGUGUAGAGCCUUCGAAUGUCGCAGCACCUGUGACAACAGCAGCCAAUAAAAACAAAUACUAUGCGGAGAAGACCUGCGAGAUUUGCAAUCGGAAGUUUGUCAAUGGCAAGACCCUUUCCAAGCACGUUAAGACAGUGCACAACAAAAUUAAGCCAUUUAUAUGCAAUGUGUGCGGAAAAAAGACGGCGCGCAAGGCCAGUUUGAUUAUACACAUGCGACAGCACACUGGCGAGAAACCCUUGCAAUGUGAGCAGUGUAAGUUUUCGACCCGUGAUCCUAGUGUCCUGCACAAGCAUCGGCAGCGUCACAAACCAGAGCAGGACACGCUAAAAUGUCGGGAGUGCGACUAUACCUGCAUCCAGGCAAAUGCAUUCAAGCGUCACAUGCGCCAGAAUCAUGCGGCUGCGUAUCGAGACAUGUGCUGUGAUAUGUGCAGCUUCACAUCCAUAAAUACAGCCACAUUGUUGGCCCACAAGGAGGAUCAUCGCAAGGGUCUGAUAACAAAUUGUGAGGAUUCAAUGGAUGCGACGCGGGCAACAAACUUUAAAUAUCCGCGCAAGCUAAAUGACAAAGGCAACGAGAUGUCGGUGGACUGUUUUAUGCCGCUGGAGAGUAUCGAUUCUCUGCCGCACGAACCGGCUGUAGAUACAGGCGGGGUUACAAUACCUGCGCCAUCGGAAGACACACAAUUUCCAACAUAUUUAAGCAACUAACUUUGAGUUGUCGUUUACCUACUUUAUCGUCAUCGCCCCAAGAUCAAGAUUAAUAAUAAUUAGCAAAAAACCCAUACUGAUAAAGCUGGAGAGCUGAAUUUUGCACGAAAUUGUCUAACACUAUGGAUACUACUAACUAUUUAUCUACAGUUUGUGUAUUGCGUGGAAAAUAAGGUAUGCCAUAACCACGAACUAUUCAAAAUUAUAUUCUUUAUUCGAAAGGAAAUUUCUUGAGUAGUUAUGGGCAUUGAGAAAUGUGUAGGUGUCGUAUACUAUUCGUCAUGAAUAUUUUUAAUGCUAGUAGUAAUUAUAAUACAAUAAUAGAGUAAAUUAUAAUCAAAUAUUUAUAUACAUAUAUAAAAUAAUAAAUACUUAUAAGUUAUAGAGGCAAGUGCAAGUGAGGUUCACUAAGCACUUCAAAUACUAACAUUUAGCAAUAAAUUGCCUUAAUCAUGA